AAACAGUAAACAAGACGAAAAAUAUAUUCUCGGAUACAUCAUAGGCUUCCGACGAUCUUAUCUGCUCCCUCCAACUACAGGCUCACCCAGCGACACAGAGCGAUGCAUUCCUCGGUCUGCAUGCCCAUUUCACCAUCGUCCCACCCACUUUUGAAACCCAACCACAAUCCUUUUCUGGGAGACUGUCUUUCUUCGAGACCAUGUCUACGUCUGAGAAGAAGAGCCUCUGUAACUACCAGAGCACUUCUAUCGACCGCCAAAGAAGCAGUCUUGAGGGAUUUUCAAGAACGCAGAGCUCUCAAAAUUAUCUCAGGAUUGCAGAAUUUCAAUAGAGACAAUGUGGCUUUGGUUGUGACAGCUGCGGAGAAGGGGGGAGCAACGCAUGUGGAUAUAGCUUGUGACCCAGAAUUAGUGAAGCUUGCCAUCAGUUUAACUUCUCUUCCGGUUUGUGUUUCUUCUGUGGAUCCAUCAGCAUUUCCAGCUGCCGUUGAAGCCGGGGCACUAAUGGUUGAGAUUGGGAACUAUGAUUCAUUCUAUGAGAUGGGUGUGGUUUUCUCUCCAGAGAAGAUAUUGAAUCUAACAAAGGAGACCAAGAGUAUUCUUCCAUCUGUCACCUUAUCAGUAACCGUGCCUCACACACUAAGCCUACCCGAUCAGGUCAAGCUCGCGGAGAUGCUGGAACAGGAAGGUGUUGACAUCAUUCAAACUGAAGGAGGGAAAUCUUCUAAUCCUUCGAAACCUGGUGUUCUCGGUUUGAUUGAGAAGGCCACACCAACAUUAGCAGCUGCAUAUUCAAUUUCACGGGCUGUCAAGAUUCCUGUCAUGUGUUCAUCUGGACUGAGUUCAGUUACAGCGCCAAUGGCCAUCACAGCCGGAGCUGCUGGUGUGGGUGUGGGUUCAGCAGUGAACAAGCUUAAUGACGUGGUUGCAAUGAUUGCAGAGGUCAGAAGUAUCACCAAUUCAUUAGGGGCAUCAGCUGGUAGACACAGCACAUCUGAAGAGAGAGCUUUAAGACAGUAAUUCACAGAUUUUCGUGUUCCUUAAGCGAAUAAAAUGGCUUGGAAUGGUCUUUGUUACCUCCGGCACAUAUUCCUAUUAUUUCCCUUCCUCUAGAAUAGUAAGUGCAAUGGUGCCAUUUUCUCUU